AUGAAAAAGGCCUUCAGCAAAACAAGGGAACUCGCAGACGACCUUGAGAAGACUCCGAUAGAAGAAAUCAACAAAAUGGCGGCCGUAAUGUUGUCAGGAUCCGUGAACCUGUUGUCAGCGUCCAGCAUGAUGGCUGAGAAGGAACAAGGAGACGACAGUACAUACUCCACUAAUCUAGCCAACAAUAAAGAGGCAACCGCGGCAUCUUUCCAAGCCCUGGACACUAUGAAUGACAUGUAUCUCAACAAGAUGAUGCCAGAGUACGAGGAUCUAAACGUUUACGCAGACUUUUCUUUAUCAAAGAUGCAUAUGAGGAUCCAGCGAGAGAAUCGAACGAGGUUCGAAAAGCUGGUGUGGUUCGACGAGAAUGGAACACGGUUCGAGAAUCUGACGAUGUUUCCUGUGGAACUGACGGAAAGAGUUUAUCUUGUUGGAGGAGGCAGCGACUGUCUGGUCAGGGUUCCGUCCUUGCAGAGCCUGUUUGUGGAGUCAAACUUCAACCCGUUCGAGUACUCGAACAACUCUCAGGAGAUUCGCACUGACGUCACGGGUCUGGAGGUGAAGUGCGGAGACCGGACCAUUCCGGUUUCCGGUUUGAGUGAACCCAUUGACAUCCUAACAAGACGGAAGAAUGAGAGUCUUAACGGAUCCGUAUUUAUCUUCGAAGCGUCAGCGGCCAUUGGCAACCUGACGGUGUUCGAGUUUCUUGUUGGGAUGGAACAGUCAACUUUGGGCUUCUACAUCGACUUCAAUUCGACCCGAUUUCCCCAAGACGUUUCCUUUUUUCUUUGCAAAGACUGUGUGCCAACCCAAGACGCCUUCAACUGGACGGCCACACUGCCCGUUUCUGAAGACCAGAUAGUCUCAGUUCCGUGGAUAAACGGAACGAACCUCACCUCCAGCCCCUACCAGUGGCUGCUGCAUGGGGAGGAAGUGGGCAUCACGGAGUAUGACGUCGGAAACCUAACAACAUUUGGAAUCGGAGUGCAGUUUGGCUCUGAUUUGGACUUAGACGAAGAAGAAAUUGUCGACUUUACUUUGACUGUCUUUGAAUCAUCUUGCGUUUACUUCGACGAAGAAGUCGACUUGUGGCACAGCGAUGGAUGUGAAGUCGGCCCGCUGACCAACAUGACGCAUAUCCACUGUCGGUGUGAUCACCUGACCAAGUUUGCCGGGUUUGUUCCGCCCAACCCGCUCAACAUCGCGGAGGCGCUGUCCGCAAACGUCCUGGAGAACCCUUCGGGAAUGGGUCUGGUUCUGGCCGUGUUCGGGCUGUACCUGUUCGGGAUACUCUUCGCAAGAAAGGCUGACAGAAGAGACUUACAAAAGGCUGGAGUGGGAAUACUUCCGGGUCAUACUUUGAACCCACGGAAAGAAUGUCAAUACGUCAUCACUGUGUACACCGGCUUCCGGGGGAAUGCUGGGACAACUGCUGAGGUAACAAUAGUCCUCGGCGGACUCACCAACGAGAGCACCCCCUUCAAACUGCGGGACGAAAAGCGGGUUCUGUUUGAGAAGGGAAGCGUGGACUCAUUUCUCCUGUCUACAGAAGAACCACUGGGAGAGCUCUCCCAUCUGCGCGUGUGGCACAAUAACAAAGGCUACAGUCCGGGAUGGUUUUUGAGCCAGAUUGUGGUGACGAACAGAGCAACAAACAACACAACGUAUUUUCUGUGUAACAGAUGGCUGUCUGUUGAGGAGGAUGACGGGAAGGUCCACCGGAUCAUUCCCAGGGCUGUACCGGAGGACCUGAAGAAGUUCCGCAACUUGUUCCUGGCCAAAAGUGCAAGGGACAUGAAUGACGGCCACAUGUGGUUCUCGGUGGUUGGCCGCCCUGCCCGGAGCCCGUUCACCCGUGUCCAGCGCCUGUCCUGCUGCCUGACGCUGCUCUACAGCACCAUGCUCACCAACAUCAUGUUCUUCGGCCGCGGGGACGACUUUGAGCCGCCAGAACCAAUCAGAUUCGCUGGGGUGGAGAUCAACCCGCCCAUUUCACUACCGCAGAUCAUGAUCGGCGUACAGAGCGCUGCCAUCAUCCUACCUGUAAAUGUUCUCAUCGCCUUCCUGUUCCGUAACUCCGGUCCGCGCGGCGCUAAGGAUAUCGACAAGAAGGAAGGGGCGGAAGGAAGUGGAAAGGCCAAAUCAUCGCUGCCCUGGUGGACUGCCUAUAUAGGCUGGCUGCUCGUGUGGUCCGCUAGUUUCGUGGCGGCGUUCUUCACCGUGCUGUACACCCUGAGCUGGUUGCUAGUGUGGUCGGCGAGUUUCGUGGCGGCGUUCUUCACCGUGCUGUACACCCUGAGUUUCGGCCGGGCGAAGGCGGAGGCCUGGCUCGUGACCUUUCUGACGUCAUUCGUGACCGACCUGUUCCUGAUGCAGCCCUUCAAGCUACUCAUCGUGGCUGUUAUCUUUGCCUUGAUUUCAAAGCUUCACUAG